UGCGGCCAAGGCUCAGGUGGUCGGAAACCUUGCCUCCUGUCCACGCGGGGCCGCGGGAGAGCCCCCGAGGACCCGUGUGGGGGUUGAGAGCGCCGCAGCCUCGGGCACCUGGGUCGUGCCCGUCCUGGCCCCCAGCCCGGCCCCGCCGAGUCGCCUCCAGGCCCGGGCCUGGCCGACGACUUUCUCGAACUAACCGCCAGGAGGAGUGAGUGGGAAGGGGAGGGGUUUGUCCUCGGCCCAGGGAGGGUGGGGUGUUGGCCAGAGAGUUUGUGAAAAGUUGUGAGACCAAGUGGAGGAAGCGGGGAGAAAGGAGUUGGGGCUGUGCCGGAGGCCAAGGACCGAGAGGUCUCCGGUGACCGCUGCGAAGCCCCUGUGGCUGGAAAGAAGCCGAGCGCCUGCGUGAAAGGAGGGACGUGCUCGGAAGUUCGCUCCUACCUGAGCCGGGACCUCAAUCUGCUGGUCCGAAGUCCUUCCCCUGCGUGGUGGCUCUGGUGGCCGCGUCUGCGCCUUAACCAUGAGGAUCCGGAUGGCCGUGAGGUGGACCUGGGCAGGCAAGAGCUGCCUGUUGCUGGCGCUUUUAACAGUGGCCUAUAUCCUGGUGGAACUCUCUGUCUCUACUUUCCAUGCCUCCUCAGCAGCCGGCCUUGCCAGGGAGAGGGGGCCCAAACAGCUCUCAGGCCCCUGGGAAAAGGCAGAGGAGUUGUCUCGACCGCUUUAUGAGAAGCCCCCUGCAGAUUUCCACGCACUUGGGGAGUGGGGGAAAGCCAGCAAACUCCAGCUCAGCCAGGAUGAACUAAAGCAGCAAGAAGAACUUAUUGAGAGAUAUGCCAUUAAUAUUUAUCUCAGCGACAGGAUUUCCCUGCACCGCCACAUAGAGGAUAAAAGAAUGUAUGAGUGUAAAUCCCAGAAGUUUAAUUAUAGGAGACUUCCCACCACCUCUGUUAUCAUCGCUUUCUAUAAUGAAGCCUGGUCGACCUUGCUCCGCACCAUCCACAGUGUUUUAGAAACUUCUCCUGCAGUCCUCUUGAAGGAAAUCAUCCUAGUGGAUGACUUGAGUGACAGAGUUUAUUUGAAGACACAGCUUGAAACUUACAUCAGCAAUCUCGAUAGAGUCCGCUUGAUUAGAACAAAUAAGCGGGAGGGGCUGGUUCGAGCCCGCCUGAUUGGGGCCACUUUUGCCACGGGGGAUGUCCUCACUUUCCUGGAUUGCCACUGUGAGUGUAAUUCUGGUUGGUUAGAACCACUUUUGGAAAGAAUUGGGAAAGAUGAAACAGCAAUUGUAUGUCCUGUGAUAGACACCAUUGAUUGGAAUACUUUUGAGUUCUAUAUGCAGACCGGGGAGCCCAUGAUUGGUGGAUUUGACUGGCGCUUAACCUUCCAGUGGCAUUCAGUCCCCAAACAUGAAAGGGACAGACGGAAAUCGAGAAUUGACCCAAUCCGAUCUCCCACCAUGGCUGGAGGACUGUUUGCUGUCAGCAAGAAAUAUUUUCAGUACCUUGGAACAUAUGACACUGGAAUGGAAGUGUGGGGGGGUGAAAACCUGGAGCUAUCUUUUAGGGUGUGGCAGUGUGGAGGUAAACUGGAGAUCCACCCGUGUUCCCACGUGGGCCAUGUAUUCCCCAAGCGGGCGCCAUAUGCUCGGCCCAAUUUCCUACAGAAUACUGCUCGGGCAGCGGAAGUGUGGAUGGACCAGUACAAAGAGCAUUUCUACAAUCGAAACCCUCCAGCAAGGAAAGAAGCUUAUGGUGAUAUAUCUGAAAGAAAAUUACUACGAGAACGGCUGAAGUGCAAGAGCUUUGACUGGUAUUUGAAAAAUGUGUUUUCUAAUUUACAUGUUCCAGAGGAUAGGCCAGGCUGGCACGGAGCUAUUCGCAGUAUGGGAAUCUCUUCCGAAUGUUUAGAUUAUAACUCUCCUGACAGUAACCCCACAGGUGCCAACCUUUCACUGUUUGGCUGCCACGGCCAAGGAGGCAAUCAAUUCUUUGAAUACACUUCAAACAAGGAAAUAAGGUUUAACUCUGUGACAGAGUUAUGCGCAGAGGUUCCUGAGCAAAAAAAUUAUGUAGGAAUGCAAAAUUGUCCAAAAGAUGGGUUCCCCAUUCCAGCAAACAUUAUUUGGCAUUUUGAAGAAGAUGGAACCAUUUUUCAUCCCCGCUCGGGACUGUGCCUUAGUGCUUUUCGGACACCUGAGGGUCGCCCUGAUGUUCAAAUGAGAACUUGUGAUGCUCUAGAUAAAAAACAGAUCUGGAAGUUUGAGAAAUAGAAGAGCACAACAGCACUUUCUUCCUGAGCGGAUGGACAAUAGCUCCAAGAAAGUCAAAGAGCCUUUAAAGAGCCUCAGUGAGAUUGUGUUUUAUCAGAAAUCACCCACUGGUCAUUUCAAGAAAGUCAAAGAGCCUUUAAAGAGCCUCAGUGAGGUUGUGUUUUAUCAGAAAUCACCCACUGGUCAUCUGCGAGAGCUAUGUGAAAGCUAUGUUUCAUUUUGGUAUAGAAUGCUGAAAAUGGGUGCACAGAGAGCUGCUGUUUAAUAUUUCAAAGUGCCUUACUUAUGGGUUGUUUUAUUUAAAAGCUUUGUCAAUAUGGUUUUUUUCUCCUCAAAGAAGUUGACUGUGAAUUGAUAUACACAAAACAGUUAAGUGCCAGACUUAAUAUUGAAGACUGUAAAAGUCCAAGCAGAAAGAGCGAUGAUUUAUGUUGAUGGAUAAGUUCACUGCCCAUCUCUUUAAAAACAAAACUCAUAAAUGUGCAGUUUGAGCUAUUGCUAUUCUUAUUGUAUGAGGAUUUGAAUUUCUUUUAGCCAACACAUUAGGUGUCAUUAUUUUUUUAUUUUAGUUUUCCUUUAAUCAACUAGAAAUCAAAGGAAGUUGAUCUUAAGGAGAAAGGCCUGGUUUAGAUGUACGUUUCAUUGGAAGAGGGCAUUAGUUUGAAUGUGAGUUUAGAGGUCUUUUUAACAUGCAGACAUCUCAGAAAAAUAUACCCACAUCUGAAUGAAACGGGGAGAGAUUUACAUUCCACACUUGGUAAACUUGAGCUAUUAGACUUAACUGGCCUGUAUUGAUACCUCAUUUUCUCUGAUUCUGUAAGCUGUCCUCUCUGUGAACUCUUGUGUGUGUUGGGGGGGGGGCGCAUUUUCUGAUUGCACUUCCUUAAGUUAUGAAUGUACUGGAAAGGGACUCAUUCACAAUACUGUGCUUCCCUUUGUUAAUGCUUAAUUGUUUAAAGUAAACAUGAUUGUGGCCUCUGCAAAGUUAAAGCCAACUGUGUUUACUGAAAUGUGUGAAACUGAAAGUGGGCCCGGUGCUGCAAAGGCUGUGGAAGUCUUCUAGGAGUUCUUCCUGGUGAGGACAUUUAAGGAUUUCUCUUAAAACAAGGAAAAAGCUUGCCUGUUGCCUGGACGCUGCCGAUUGCUGCCCUGCAGCCUGUUUUCAGCACCUAGCACCAAGCCUGGCACUUACGCAGCUUUCAGUAGUAUGUGGGUGAAUGAAUGAUGAAUGAAUGAAUGAAUGGCUCAGCCAUGGAAUGUGAUUUUGGUCAUGUCGUUUGACCAAAAGACUCCGUUUGGGCUUCAGUUUUCUCAUCUAUAAAAUGUGGGUGCUGGAUUAGAUCUCAAAGAUCCCUUCCAGCUCUGAAACGUGAUUACACAUUACAAUCACUCGUGCAGUCUUUACAACACUUUUUAUCUCUUCACUUUUAACACAGAUAAUGUUGUUAGGCAAUAAUCAGUCCAGUUAAGAAUCUGGAAAAGGGGGAUACUUUUAAAAUUAAGUGAGCCGAGCUCAACUGAAGUGGUUUAUUUUGGAUUGAGUGGAAAGUUGUUGUGGUCAGUGUUUGUAUUCAUUUUAUUUGACAAUUGUUGAACCAAUUUUGUUUUUAUCUUUAAUCUUUCAAACUCUAAAAGUAAUCUUUUGGGCUGAGAAUAUAAAUAUUUUCCCAACAAAAUUAAGAAGUAACUAUACUUAAAUAUAUAUAUAUAUAUAUAUAUACACCACUCAUUUUGUUCCAAAGCUAUAUCCAAGAAUCACAGGCUGAAUUUAGAACCAAAUCUCAAUUAGUUCACUUUGGUCUACAUUUAUGAAAAAUGCAUACUCUAUAGAUAGUCCACAGUACUCAUAAGUAAAGUUGUUUUCAGUGUGUACUUGAUGACUGGAGAGAAGGAACUUUGCAAAAUCGGAAUUUAAGAAAAACUUUUAGGAUAGCCAUUUCAAAAAGUAAAAGUGCUAUGUAUCUUGAUUAUUUUUAUUUCUCCUUUGCUUCUCACAAUGAAAAUGUGUUAAUAACUUUCGUGAAGUUAUCUAGCAACCUUGAGGUUUAUCAGAGAAUUAUCCAAAUUUCAUGUGCAAGGUACAUGGCCCUGGGUGUAAUUUAAGAAGGAUUUAUAAUAAUCUGCAUUUUGCAAAAAUGGUUGUUUGACAGCAUUUGUUCUCCUAAACCUACUGUCUCCCCUUGCCCAGUCUACUUUUUAAUUUAAAUCACCCUUUAUUUACUUAUUUGUUCUUGUUAGCCGCCCCCCCCCUUCAAAUGGAAAAACUAAAAUUGAUUAUUCUGGAAGUACUUAUUGGAAUUACUUUUACCCCAGUAUCUUGCUGCUCCUGUCAAAAGAUAAAGGGGGCAUUGAAAAGUAAAGUACUUAAUUUUUUACCUAUUGCUAAAUUGUAGGAUGUGACCCAUUAAUUAUUUUGGAAGAAAUUUUAGGAUAGUGCUUUAUUUAGAUCAGUAACUUGAAAGAGUCCGGUUGUUCAUUCCUCAUGUAGGGUAGGUAACAGAAGGAUGAGACUUUCAUGCUUUUGUCUAUAGGCAUUGCCAAUUUAAUUUAAAAAAACAUACUGUAAAUCUACAAACAAUGUCUAUUUUGACGCCCUAAUUCCCAUUUAUUGGUACCAAAGCUCUCUUUUGCUGUAGACAGUUAAGAGUUGACUUUUUAAGUUAGUUUACAUAUUAAUAUCAGUUUCAGUAAAAUAUUUGGUAGACAAGAGGUUUCUACUUCAAAUGGUCGUUAUGCCAUUCAGUGUCCAGCUCUAUGAGUACAUUAACUAAGUAGGCAUUUCUAGCAGUCGUCUUUCAGACAAAUGAUAAUGAUCAUCUUCAGGAUCUCUAGAACUCACAGUAACUUGUUUGUGAAAGACAAUUUGUUUACUCAGUAGUAGUAGGUUCCUGCAUAUUCGUUGUAUGUUGGCAAAUCAAACUUUUCUAGGUUGGAGCCAAGAGGUUAUUUUUAAGUUGUAUAGUGUUAGUGGUUUUAGGAUCUCAAUUUUAACUAAUAAAAUAUUUGGUUUCGAUUA